GCGAGGCCUCACGUGAAUCAAAUCAGAGCGUAGCGUCAACGUCAACUGUAGUUAUUUUACACACAUAUCGUUAGCAUCUUUCUCAAGUUCGGUUAUCAACUUUUUACUACUACAAACUCUUUAUAAACCGCCACUUCAACAAUAAGUUAAAAUUAUUAAUGUCGGCAGCCAACUCUGCUAAAGGGAAGAACCAGGAAUUCCGACUUUUAUGAAGGAAAGUCGCGCUCGUCCGGAGCCGCUAGCUGCAGAGCUAAACUUCAGCUGGUGUUCUGCUGCCUCGUCCGCCAGCAUUGGCCUCAUCUUCCUGUCUGAUGAAAAGCAUCCAAACGCAUCUGAGGGACAUUUGGACAGAACCGAAGGUCCGUGAGAACCUCUAUCAUACAAUGACAGACAGGAGACAGCCUACUUCUCCGUACAGGGUAUACCCAGUUCAGUUCUCUUUAUGGACCACUGGGGUGCAGCAGUACACACCUGGUGGAUGGUCACUGUGGAACAUGGUUACUUGGACUAACAUCAGUGCAUCACCCUAGGCGCUUUAAGACACACUACCUUGGGCUCUUUAAACCUAAGGGUUGAUAACUAAGCUCUGUUGAUUGACCUCGUCUGUUAUUGUCACACUGCAAUUCACCCACAGCAAUGACCCACACACGAUGAUCUCGAUAAUAUGUCACUUUCCAGUGGUGUGUUCUUUAAGGCCUCAGUAGCUGAGCUCCUUAAUGCGGGAACACACAAUGCCGGGCCUCUCUGGGGCGUUGUUAAGAUGAGACUAAUGGUACUUAUAGUCCGAUUACUGUCUGAGCUAUGCAGUAACUCCACACGCUGCCACAUUCAUGUGGUUUCUCAGAAUGGCCGCACUUACGUCUGUGUGUUGGUGUGUAUAUUUGUGUCGGUCUGUCUCCAUGGGGACGCACGACCCCCCGUGUGAAACUGGAGUUGGUCCACAUUAAUGCACACAUCGCGCUAAGGGGCCAGGCAUCUACAGCAUACGCUCAGCUGUUUGGUCCUGUUGUCAUAACACUGCCUUCGCUAAUGGAGCCGCUCAUCCUAGCGGCAGCAUUCUGCCAGGAGAGUGGUCACAUCUAGCGGUCCGUCUGAGGCGGCAUUUAUGAAGCAGAGAACACCUAAACAUGUUACUAGUGUCAGGUUUCCCUUUAAUGCGCUUUGGGGUUGAAUGAGUUCAGUUACAGGUGUUUGUGUUCUGAGAGGGCAGCUACUGUAUAUGGCCACCAGCUAAUGCGUAAGAGACAAAGGAUGCAAAGUGUUGUUUUUUUUUGUUAUCUGAAUAAUGCAUCAUCAAAUAUGUCUAUUUGAAGUGAUGAAUGUAAAAUAUAGGAAUUUGUUGGACUUCAUGUUUACAUUUUUCUUGUGGGCUCCAUAAGGUGUUGUACUGUAUUUUAAUAGAUGUGUUGUAUCAGCUGCAUAUCCACACUGAGGACAACCGUUUCAGAUGUUCACUAAACAUGUUCCUGUGAUGCAAUGAAACCACGAUUUUUUUCCCAAACGCCCUUUUCGCAGCAGGUGCCAGUUUUAGCUCCACGUGCGAGUGGGGUGCACAUCUCUAAUUUCAACCCCUGAUGUCCAGCGCACUGUGUGGUCAAGGACAAACAAGUGACCACAGAUGAAGGAUUAGAGGAACUGCACAGCCUCUUGUGAUGGACUUGACCAAACACAGAUACGGCACAAUUACCUGAAAAGGCAUCGGUGAAGUUAGUCAGUGUCUCAAAGCGGAGAGCAAACGGAGGCAGCAGCUUAGUUUUGUCUUCCUGUUCAUCUGGUGGUAAUUGAUGAGACACACUUUAUUCAUACCCUGACACACAGUUUCCUCGCUGAACGUUCCUUCUUCCACACUGAAGUAGAGACAGAUUUGAUUGUGCAGUCCUCACACAGUGACUCCAUCUGCUUUCCCGAGGGCUUAUUCCACUAUGCGCAAUCAUGAAAAACAACAUCUUUCUGCUCUCAACGCGUACACACGCAUGUGCAAACACUCUUAGACGCAUACUUGGUGUCUCAUUGCUCACGUACGCACACGAGCACAUGGAGUGGACAAACACUGUGUGUUGUUACUCACGUGCUACUGUGUUUUAUGCACUAGUAGGUGAAGGUGAAGCAAUAAUGGACCAAAACCAGGUUGGACGACCUACUGUACCCACGCUGCUAUAGUUUUGUAUUGUAUGUUUAUUCUAUGUGUUCGCCUGACAAAGCUUUUAAGCCAGUGUCUAUUGUUGGCACAUGUUCUUUGACUUUCACUAUACUGUGAUCUGAACCUGGUUCCUCUGAAUGAAAACUGCUCCCAGCCACUGCACCACACGGCCCAGGCAGCAGGAUGUACAGUCUUUGCUCCAUUAAUAAGAAAAGCCAGGUACGUCUGCACCUUCGUCUUCUGUAGAACUUUAAGAACAUAGACCAGAAAACAGAUCAGCUGCUUCAGAAGCAGCUUCAAAAGCCAAACCCCUGGAUUCAGACGUUCUCUUCAUCUUUUGCCUAAUAAAAAGCUCAAACGCGGUCUCAGACACUGGGAAUUGGACCUGGAUGUGGAGCAGAAGCUUUUGCCACAGUACAACCUGCUUUCACUCAUUCAUCAGCUUCUCUCCAUGCCUGCAUAGACUUUUGAUUAUAUGAAGACAUCAUAUAAUAGCUUAGUUUAUACACGAGCUUGGCGUAUUUAAUUUCAUCCCAAUUACUGAAAAUUUGCCGGUGGGCUUUGUGUUUCAAGCAUCGCUAACUGAGAAGACAGGAAAUGCGAACGCGGGAGAAUCAAGUGGAACGCGCCUGUGAAGUGAUAAUUGAUCAGCCAUCUGUUGUGCACAUUUAUAACGUUUAAGAUGAUUUCAUGCUGCACACACUUUCCUUUUUUGUGACGCACAAAGAAACACAUGCUUCAGCUCCUUGGAAUGAAUCGUGUUCUGUGUCAUUGUUUUGGGCAGUGUUUGCAGUUGCUUCCCAUUCAGUGACUAAACGGUGACAUAUCUGCUUCGCUCGGCGUCGGAGAAACCUGAAGGACAGACGGAAGCCGUCAGUAGAGUAGAAUAGAGGCCUAGGCCCCAGGACAGCAGCCUCCACUCCACCAGAGCUGUGAAGAACACAGAUGUACUCUCUCUGAAUGAUGUCACUCAUUAAAACAGUGUCUCAUUAUCUCACAGUUGGAAAUCUGUUGGAGCACAGUAUUUGUGCUAGUUCGAAAGUGGUGGCAGUGAGUAGUGUCAUCGUUCCAGGCUUCAUGGUCAUAACGUUACAGAAGCCAAGCAGCUGAGGAUGAAUGAGCUCUGCAGAUACAUGCUGUGGAGAAAGUACAGGAGCCCCUGGCUGACGCUUCUGGCAGAACACCCUUAAACCUCCAAGCUUGAGCUCAUCCUUUAGCAGCAGCUGGAGAGAAUCCACGCAGGAAAGGGGAGAACAUGCAGAAUUCACGCAGAACGACACCUGACCGACCCCGGGGAUCUAACCCAGAGAGGAGACGAACACCACCACGCGGAGGAAUUCAAGCCUUUACCGUGACUAUUUCUGCAUGUACCAACAACCAUCUGGACCAACUGGGGCACAGUGGCUUCUCUGAGCAGAGUCUUGGUGAAGAGAGAGGCUCAGCAUGGACCACGUCAAACAGAGCACCUCGGACAGCGGCUCCAGGAGCUCGCUCCAGACAGAUCCUGAACUGUGCCCUUGGAGGUCACAAUGAAAAAUAAUCUACAAGUCAGACUUGAAACGUGGUAACACUGUGUAAUGAGGUACCGUUCUUUAUUCUCGCCUUUCUUUGUAAUUGUUGUAACAUAUCGGCAUAUCGAAUAAAAGAGUAAAAGAGGUGGGGAAAAAACAUUGUUUUUCUACUGUUGCCAUUUCAACAAAUGCAUUUAUUUCACUCCCAUUAGUUCUCAUUUCUUCCUCUUCCUCCCGGUCCCGUCCUCUGUUUGCUUCUCCCGACACUUUGGGACGCAUUUAAACUAUCAAUAAGCUCACGAUCCUUGUUCAGUUUAAACUCGUUUCCCAAACAAAGGAUGGAACUAAGUGAGUGAAGUGAUUCUGUAAAUAUUGGGCGCGGAUAUAUUCACCAGGAGCCUCUUUCCAAAGUGUCCUAUGUGUGUGCAGUGACCUUGUUUAAAAGGAGACAGUCUGGAUUCAAACGUGUGCGCGCGCGCGCGCGCGUGUCUACGAGGCGAAGAGGGGCAAAGGGGGCGGGCGCGCCCGAGCAGUGGUGUUGAAUGACGCCAGUCUGUUGCUCCCCGUGCGUUUCGGUGCGUCCCGCCAUUGGAGGAGGAGGUAAAAGGUACCCAGCGCUCGCGCGCCGUGGGCGGGUGUUUGGACUGUUUAUAAACCCAGAACUCUCCCCGUGGGCGGGAACAUCAAUCGCGCGGAGCGCGAGUGGAGCGCACAGGAGUGAGGGAGACGGCGGAGAAGCCGAGGCUGUGGCGGCGGCUGUGAUUGACCGGGGCUCGCGCAGGGGGCGAGGCGGCCGCCCCUGUAUGCGUCUGCAGCCGCGCAUGGACGACCACCUCAGCCUCCUUCAAUCACCCCCUCCGAGCGCGACCAAGACGCGGGCCGACAACCUGGUGAACCACGGCUACACCGAGACGGAGGCCGACGUCAUGACCGUGGUGGCGUGUGACAACAUGCUGGAGGAGUCGGCGGCCCUUCCGGGCCACCACUCUCUGGACCGAUACGAACCGGACCACGAGUGCUGCGAGAGGGUGGUCAUCAACAUCUCCGGGCUGCGCUUCGAGACGCAGCUCAAGACGCUCUCCCAGUUUCCCGAGACGCUGCUGGGUGACCCGAAGAAACGGAUGCGCUAUUUUGACCCUCUCAGGAACGAGUACUUCUUCGAUCGGAACCGGCCCAGCUUUGACGCCAUUCUCUAUUACUACCAGUCUGGCGGGCGCAUCCGGAGACCUGUUAACGUGCCCAUUGACAUUUUCUCUGAGGAGAUUCGCUUCUAUGAACUGGGCGAGGAGGCGAUGGAGAAGUUCCGGGAGGACGAGGGCUUCAUAAAGGAAGAGGAGCGGCCGCUGCCGGAGAACGAAUUUCAAAGGCAGGUGUGGCUGCUCUUCGAGUACCCGGAGAGCUCGGGUCCCGCCCGGGGCAUAGCGAUAGUGUCGGUCCUGGUGAUUCUCAUCUCCAUCGUCAUCUUCUGCUUGGAGACGCUGCCGGAGUUCAGGGACGAGAACAGAGACCCCAUCACCAUUGCGCCCGUCGUAAAUGGCACGCUCCCAUACUUCAUCAGCCCCUUCUCUGACCCGUUCUUCGUGGUGGAGACGCUGUGCAUCAUCUGGUUCUCCUUCGAGCUGCUGGUGCGCUUCUUUGCGUGUCCGAGCAAAGCCACGUUCUCCAAAAACAUCAUGAACAUCAUAGACAUCGUGGCCAUCAUCCCCUACUUCAUCACCCUGGGCACGGAGCUCGCGGAGCGGCAGGGGAACGGCCAGCAGGCCAUGUCUCUGGCGAUCCUGCGCGUCAUCAGGCUCGUGCGGGUGUUCCGCAUCUUCAAGCUCUCGCGCCACUCCAAGGGGCUGCAGAUCCUGGGGCAGACUCUCAAGGCCAGCAUGCGCGAGCUGGGCCUGCUCAUCUUCUUCCUCUUCAUCGGAGUCAUCCUCUUCUCCAGCGCCGUCUACUUCGCCGAGGCGGACGACCCGGACUCGGGCUUCAACAGCAUCCCGGACGCGUUCUGGUGGGCCGUCGUCACUAUGACCACCGUGGGCUACGGGGACAUGCACCCCGUGACGAUCGGCGGGAAGAUUGUCGGGUCCCUGUGCGCCAUCGCCGGCGUGCUGACCAUCGCGCUGCCGGUGCCCGUCAUCGUCUCCAACUUCAACUACUUCUACCACCGGGAGACGGAUGGCGAGGAGCAGGCGCAGUACCUGCACGUGGGCAGCUGCCAGCCCCUCACGGACACGGAGGAGCUGAGGAAGACCCGCUCCUCGUCCUCACUCAGCAAGAGCGAGUACAUGGUCGUAGAGGAGCACGGGAUGAACAGCGCGUUCAAGCAGCAGCCCAACUUCCCCACCACCACGCAAAACAACUCCCAGAACUGUGUGAAUAUAAACAAAAAGAUCUUCACCGACGUGUAGCCCGUCUUAAAGUCACGGACCUGAACACGCGAAGGGGGGGUGGCGUGUCAACACUCAGCUGGCUCUGUCGUUGCGCACCGGUGUGCGGUGGUUCAUGCAAAGAAGGAACGGAGUAAAUAGAGAGAGAGAGAAAAGAGAAAAGGCACCCUCUCUGUUCAGAGACGACGCUUUGUUCAUUCAAAGAAACAGGACUUUUCAUUUCAGUGACCUGAAUUCAUAAUUCUGUAUGAUUCCAUUCGCGCUAGGAGAGAGGGAGAGAGUGAGAGAGCUCCUUUAAACACUAGGCCUACUAUUCUCUGAAGAAGGGCACUGACCUGUGUGCUGUGCAAUAGCCAAUAUAUUAUCACAACAGGUAGAAAUAGAAGCUUUAUUACUGUGAGCGCUGAGUGCAGAUGUGCGCUACUCUGAUGGCACACUGUGUUGACAUGCGUUACGAGUCGUGAUUCUUCAGCCAUAGCCUGUGUAUAAUAUACAGAAUCAUUAAUUAUUUGUGUGUGUUUCAACACAUGUAAUGUCUGAAAACACAAAAACAAGGAUAUAUUGUCUCAAUUAGAGCGUUCUGUGCUAUGCCUUUAUUGUGCGUUAAAGUCUAGUUAAAUGCUGAUGUCUUUAAAAUAACCUUUAGUCUUAAUUUAUAUAAAGGCUAAAUAAUAUUUGGUCCGUAAAAUAUUCCCCUGGUCAUUAUUAAUAUGACCUCGUAGUGUGUAAAGGGCACCUUAAACACACAGGCCCGCCCACUGUUUGUGUCUCAUUAUCGGUGCAAGACACGUGAGGGAGUAGAAACACACAGCUCUUUCACGCACACAUACAGAGAUCAAAGAUGAAGCGUGCUUCUCUUUGGAUGCCUCAAAUAUAGCCCGCUGUGAUGCAGUCUCCAUGGCGACGGUCGUUUCCUCGGUAACCCCAGUCACCGUUGCCAUGGCACCCUUGUUUCCACAGUAACCUCCCAGAUGGCUUCCAAACUAAAUUGCAGAUUCUCAUCAAAAUAGGUCGUCUUCAAUAUGAAAGGAGACCGUUUGCGCCACGUGCGUGAAGUCCAGGCCCGGACGAGCCCGGCGCCGCCGCCGCCGCCGCGUCUCCUCCAGUGGCGCUGGCACAGAAAAUUGGCCUAAGCAGGUCUAAUUGCGGACAGUGAAUAGCUCCCUGGAAAUGCCAGGCACAACCCGGAGCGGUGUGAAGGGAGGAGGUACGACGCGUGUGGAAUUAUGAAUGGACCGGGAGCACUCGGUGUGUGGCCGGUUCAGCGCUACUGCGGGCGCUCGACAGAGGCUGCUGUUCUCCCACUGAUGAAGCAGGU